CAUCGCGUCGACCUACCCUAAGAGACAAGGAAUGCAAUUCCGAAGCUCAGAGUGAAGGUCAAGGGCGGGCGAGAGGAAUCAGAUAAUGACCCCGGUUUGAUAGCUGAUCAUAUUCGAAUACCUCAGUGUUUAUCUGUCACUUUUAUCAUAUCAACUAUGAGUCUUGUUUCAACAUCUCCACUUCCACUUCCCCAGCCACAAGUCACUAUCAAAGAUGCGUCUCUUGUGCAAGUGAGAUUUGCAGAUGAUACAGAGCUUGUCUCUUCAUUCACUGUUCAGCCAAAGCCAGUCCCUCGCGGAACACCUGCCUUUGAAGCCAAGCGGGCUGCUCUUAUCGACACCAUCAAGACCAAAAUACCUUUGGAGUACUAUCUGCCUGCCGAAUUGAUUGCCAAUCCUCCUCUAGAUGUUUCCAAAAUCCCUGCUUCUUGCGGCAUCCUCACUGAAGACGAAGUUCGCAUCACAGAAGACUACGAUGCAGUUAGUCUACUGCAGGCACUUGCUAGCCGCCAACUUUCAGCUGUUGCAGUCGCCACUGCUUUUGCCAAACGUUCUAUCAUCGCACAUCAACUCACCUGUUGCCUAACGCAGUGGCUUAUGGAUGAAGCCAUUGCCCAGGCAAGAGGACUAGACGAAUACAUGGCUAAGCACGGGAAACCCAUUGGUCCUUUGCAUGGACUGCCAAUCAGCAUCAAAGAACACAUGGCUAUAGCUGGGACCCUGUCUUCCCAGGGUUGUCUCGCAAGCUUGAGAGAGGAUACAAAAGACAGUGACAUGGUUGCAAUUCUGAGAAGUCUCGGCGCUGUCUUUUAUUGCAAGACCAAUCAGCCCCAAACCAUCAUGCACCUAGAAACUGAUUCCCUUUGGGGUCGCACUCUCAACCCUUUCAACAUCAACCUCUCGGCAGGUGGAUCGACCGGCGGUGAAGCAGCCCUCAUUGCAAUGAAAGGUUCUGUUCUCGGCAUUGGUACUGAUAUCGGCGGUAGUAUCCGUGGUCCCGCAGCCUUUUGCGGCAUUUAUGGAUUCAAGCCAACUUCAUACACAAUGCCCAUGAGAGGUUUCGAUGCAAUGCCGUUCCCAGCUGAGUUGACCGUUCUGGCCUCAGCUGGCCCUAUGUGCCGAAGCUUGAGAGACAUGGACUUGUUGAUGCAGUGCGUUUUGUCAUCCAAACCCCAUUUAAAGGACCCGAGAUUGGUCCCUAUCCCUUGGAAAGGCCUCAAGACUCCUAUCAAUGGUCGUUUGAAGAUCGGCUUUGUCAACAACGAUGGAUUUAUCAUCCCUCAACCUCCAGUUGUGAAGGCUCUGGCGUGGGCACGAGAGCAGCUCCGUGAUUCAAGAUACAGUGAACUUAUUGAGCUCAAGGAGUUCAAGGUAUUUGACUCGGCAGGUGCUUGGUCCAAGAUUCGACGUAUGUAUUGGCCCGAUGGUGGAAAGCCAACAAGAGACGCCAUUCAAGCUACGGGAGAGCCGAUCCAUCCUCUGAGUGAGUGGAUCUGGAAGGAUGCAGAGCCACUUGGUAUGAAGACAGCUGUUGACUUGAGUCUCAUGCGUCGGGAGAGAGAUGAAUUUCGCUGGGCAUUUGCAAAGAGCUGGGAAGAUCAAGACGUGGAUAUACUCAUUGGACCUGCAUUCAUCGGACCCGCAUCAGCUCACGAUACAGCAUUCUUCUGGAACUAUACGUCGCUGUAUAACCUUGUGGAUUAUCCUGGUGUUGUGAUCCCUACACCUGUCAAGGUGGAGGGGAGUGAGAAGUAUUCUGGUGGAUAUGAGCCGUUGAGUGAGGCUUGUGGACAGGUGAAGAAGAUGUGGGAAAAGUCGGACUUUACUGGCGCUCCGAUUAAUCUUCAGAUCGUUGCGAGGAAGUACCAUGACAACGAGUUGUUUGGGGCGCUGACGGUGUUGAAGGAUGUAUUGAAGCUGCAGUAGUUAUAUGUGUAACCCUGAUUAAUUGCAUUCAUGUACCAGAACGAACCCUGUUUAUCUUAUCUCUGUAUACACUGAGACCAUUUGGCGUACACAGACGAGCAUAGAAGCAAGACAAGUGACGAUUAGGAUGAGACGUCAUACCUCGGGCCAAGGCUACGGUUAAAGUUAGAGCUAGUGGUGUACCAUACCGCGGAUGAC